GGGAUGAGAUAUAAAAUAAUAGUUUUUUACUUUAUAAUUUAAAAAUACUGGAUGUAAAGGAAGAAAUAUUUUGCCCCCUUGAAGACCUCUCAGACAUGAAAAUAUUAUGUAACUUGCUGAUUAACAGUAGUCAGACAACUGUUUUGUAAAUGGUGGAGUCUUAUUAAGAGAUUUUCAAUGGAAGGAAAAAACGUUCCAUGCCCUACAAAGAAACAAGAUGGAAAUCUGUGUGGAUGUCCUCUAUUUCCUCAAUUCAAUUUGUGUCCAAUAUGUGGCGUGCAAGUAGAUCAGACACUAUUUAAAACAGAAGAGCAUUUAAACAGCGAUGGAGAUACAAGCUCUAGCAUCAAAUCAGAGAGUGGAAAUCCUGUGACUCAGAGUGAAGAUCUUCCAUCAAACAGAUGUACAGAAACAACAGACAGAAAUGAAAAUGAACAAGCUGAAAAAAGUAAAGUAGAUAAAAUAGAAAAUCAGGUGAAAGAUACCAAAGCUAAAGAAGAUAACAAUGCAGAAGGUUUAGAAAGUGAAGGAAGAGGGGGAGAAAGAAAGGAAGGAGGAGAAAACGGAAACCGAAAACGUAAAAAAGAAGAGGAGGAUAAAGGUGGAGGAUCAAAAAGUAAAGAGAUUAAAAAAGAAAGUGGUAAGGAUACAGAUGAGAAGGUAGAUAUAAAAGAUAAAGACCAUGAAAAAACGAGGGAAAGCAUUGGAGAAAAAAAGGAAACAAUGGGAGGAAGAAAUGAAAAAGAAUGUACAAAAGAUGAUGGAUUGGGAGGAGGAACAGAAAAAUAUGACAAAGCUAGUGAGAAAGAUAGAAAAUGUGAUGGAGAUGGAAACAAUACAGAAAAGAAUAAGGAAAAGAAAGACGAAGUUGAAAGGAAGAAGAGAGAUUUGGAAAAUGGAAAAUUAGAAGAUGGAGAUUGUCAGCAGGAGGAAGGACAAGGCAUUGAUUCUGACCAAUUGUUGAGAUCCUCUGCAGAAGGAGCAUCUUCCACCAAGGAUAUGGUUGUCAGCCAAGAGUAUACAGUUCAAAACCAGAACCCUGGUCAAAAGGCGCAGACUUCAGAUGUAACUGGUAAACACUCUGGUAGUUCCGAAGAAAAUCAAACAAAAAAGACAGUGAGAGUUUCUUUUCAUGCCUUCCUAGCACCAACUGUUAAUUUCAAUCCAAAGAAUGAUGAACUUUAUGUUGUAUUUGGUCCUAAACGGGAUGAUUGGAAUCCCAAAAAGGAAGGACUUAUGAAGUUUAUCGGAACAAAGAAAAAUAAGAAGGAUAAAAAUGGAAUUCAAGUGUUUGCAGAAGUAGAACUGGAAAAAGAUCUUCUAAAAAACGAUGGUCUGUCUUACAGAUACUGCUUUUUCAGGAAAGGAAGUAAAUCUCCAGAAAAUGAGUUUCUUUUUCGACAUUACUACCCUUAUAACAACGGUUUUCGAAAGUUGACAAUUCCAGCAGGCCUAGAUUCUUAUCAACAGUUCGAUGGGUUCAUCUAUGCAAAGAAAGUAGGAUUUGUAGUCAAUUUUUUCAAAGACACACUUGGAAUGUCAAAUUCAAAUAUGAUUGAAGUAAUGAAAAAAGAUGGCAUAUAUGCAUUAAAACAAUACCUACCAAAUAUUUGCGGUGUUUUGAAAAAUCCGAACCAAGACCCUUCAACAAUCUUUACCAAAAUGACAGAAUAUAUUGAAGUUUUUCAAGGCGGUGUAAAAGAUCAUUUCUUGAUACACAGACAACAAGUUGGACAUGGAAUAUGGCAAGAGUUUGUCAUGGAAGAUCAUUUGAGAAAUGCCAUUGAAGCACUAGACAGUCAGGAAAAUAAAAUGGAUGAAAAUGGAAGACUGCUGAAAGCCCUGAUGAUAGUCAAACUUCUUGAAGACCUGAAGUUUCACAUGGAUGUUCUUCUUUUAAGAACAGUAGAAAUUCUCCAUCAUUCUCUUUUGCUCUCACCAGAUACAGACAAUAAUCAGUGCUCACAGCUUGACUUUUUGGAAACUUGCUUAGAACCAUCAACGAGAGAGAAGAUUAGAAGGUGUUUAAUUACAUUUCUAAAGGCGUCGGCAAGGAAAACAGAAUUUCCAACGGAAAGAAACCCUUCAUGGAUGAUGUGUUUGCCCAUUGUUCAUUUCCUUGGGGGAUCUUUACAUCCAUUUGCGGAGCUUGACUAUGCAAAAUUUGAAGAUAAAACAAAAGAAUGGUGGUUAGCUCGUGAUUUUGAACAAGAAAAAGAGGAAUUAAAAACUCAUAAAUGGUUAAGACCCCCUUCAGACCUCAUGAAGUGGAUGAAACCAAUUUUCAAGUUAGAUACAAAAACACAAAGAUCUUUCAUGGCAUGCCUGAAAUUAGAUGAUCUAGAUAUGGUUAUGAGUGAGGAAAACAUUUUGAUAGAAAUCAAAUUGGCAACUUUGCAUCAUUACUUCGAAAACUGUUACCACCAAGAGAUGGACAAGCUGCAAAACUGCAUAAAGACUGUCUUUGGAAUACUUAAAGGACAACUAAAUCAGUUAUCUGUGGUAUCCAAGAGAGAUUGGAAUGAGGUCAAUGACAAAUUUAAGAUUCAAGAGGCAAAGUGCGUGGCAAUUCUGUCAACUGGAAUUACCAGGCGUAUGAGGGACAAGAGAACUUUAGUUUCUCUCUUUCAUUCUCACAUGUUAUCGCUUGCUGUGUUGGAAACACUAAGCAAAGAGUCUGAUGAAGUGAAGUCUCUGUUGCAAAGAUCAAUACUUAUUCUUGACGAGUUUUUAUUCGAACUUGGAAGGGACUUCUCGAUCUAUGAUUUUGCACUAUCAGUUUUGAACUGUAUAGAGAAAAAUGAGUUAUCAGUUGAGUUUGAAAGAAAAUGUCUGAAGUAUGCUAGAGAAAAGUUUGAAACAAUGGGUACACAUCUCCGAUUAGAAUUCUUUAGUAAAUCUGCGGAGGAAUUUCAGAAUGAGUCUCUGAAAAACAUGAUGCAAGAAGUUGUCAUGGAAAAUAUAAGUGAAAUCCUACAGGACCCGAAAAGUUAUACCUUUUUAAUGGAUGGCUUUUUGUAUUUGGAUAGUAAUUCGGAAUUACUGUCAAAAUUAUUUUCACAACUGUGGUAUAUGAAUUUGAAUGCAUCGAUAGAAUUAUCGGAUAAUGAAAUCAUAUACCGGGCAUUGUCUUCCUCCAUUUACCCAAAGUGUGUAGAAGCAUUUAUUUUGGAAAAAGUUGUUAUUGCAGGCAUGGAUCAAUCUGCUCGACGUUAUCUAUCUAGAUCUGUAACACUAAUGGGAUUAUUGUUUCAAAACCUUCUCAGGAAUACAGUGGAAAUUAAAAUGCUGGAGUUAAUUACUGCAAAGAAGGAUACAUUUCUUGCAGUUGCACAAGUAUUUGAGAAGUACAAGGAAACAAGUCUUCCUUUGACAUCAUCGGCAUUGAAAAAUAUUGUUUUGUGCCGAGAAAAAGAUUUAAAAAGGUUACAGGAGGUUAUAACUACUGUUCAGAAACUGCAGUUUUUCUUCAAAGAAAUAAGUGAAAACAGCAGGAUUAGAAUAAUGGAAAUUGACGAAAGAACAUUGGAAAAUUGGAGAUCGUUGGUAAUCGGAGAGGUUUGUGCUAUUCCAGAAGAAAGCGGAGGGUUUGCUGAAUACCAGCCAAAUGUUGUUUUGUUCAUCGAUUUACUUUCAAAAUUGGAUUUCAUUGUAAAAAAUAUGUUUUGCUACAAUGAAAGUAAAACAUUCCAUACAAUUAUGAAAAACAUCUCUAAAUUGCACAGGAGAUCGGCAGACUUUCAAUUUGUUGAUGUUAUUGACACAAUUCUUAUCCCGACAACAGAGACUUGGGAUGAAAUUUGCUUUAAAAUGAAAACAGGAUCCAUUUCUGUUCAUGAAAUAGAAAAAUAUUGUUUCAAUGAUUUUAAUGAUGAUGAACUGUACGAUGAGUUAGUUGCAAUGAACAGAGGAAGAAAAGAAAAAUGGAUUAAGGAUAGGAUCACUCAGUUACAACGAUUUCGAAUGUUUUCAAAAACAGUGUCAGUUGCAAAGCUUUUCUUGAGAGUGAGGGAUGAAUUCGAUAUCGAUGGUUCAUUCGAAAAUCUAGAACUUAUUGCAAAAUCGGAUACGGAAAAAGAUAUCCCCUUGGUGGAUCUGAAAAUGUCAGUCGAGAAAUUUAACCAAAAGUUAGAGAAAAUAACUGAGAAUCAAAAAAAGAGCAUCGCUGCCUUCACAAAAGCUAAAAAUCUUGUGCAGUGGAUGCGAUCUGCACUGCCAGGGGGAAUAAAAGACUUAAAGAUUUACGCGGAUUUGGCCUUAUUGUCUGUAGAAGGAGAUGAACACGUUGGGAGAGUAACACACUUACACUCUGCAGCAAUUGGGUAUUCUUCAGUGAUAUAUGGCGAUAUGAAUGGAGAAGUUAAAAUGAUUAACACAUGGAAAGAGGUUUGGCAAAAUUUAGAAAAGGACGAUGCCCUUCCAAAAAAGCUGGAAGAAUCAAACCGUGUUUUGAACUGGUUUAUUGAAAUCAAAGAAGCACAUGGUUCCGUAGAGGUUACGUCACUGAAACAAGUUGAUGCCAUCAAAGAUCGUGGCAUUUUCAAAGUUGGUAACUCUGGAAAAGCUGUUAAAAACUCGCAUCAACUGGAUUUGCAGGACGUUAUUUGGCUGCAUGUUCCCGCAGCAAGAUUUGCAACAAAUGACAGGCAAGAAGUUGUCCGAGAGGAUUCAAACAGUGAACAUAGCAAAAGUGAAGAUGAAAGGGAAGAAAAUGAUCGAUCUUUGACAACUCUUAAGCUCGAAAAAAUAGAACUUGAAGGGGAAGGACGUGACUAUACGCUAGGUGAAAUGACGGAUUUACAAAGCAGACUCAUGCUUGUUACUGGCAAAGCGGACGCAGGGAGAGAGAGUAUAGAACGAUUUACAUCAAUAUUUGACAAUGUUACACGACUUGGAAAGGUCUUUCUCCAACUUCAAACAUCAGGCUGUAUUCUUUUCAAAAGUUGGACAUUUGAGUUCCAUUGUAACCCAAAUGCUGGCAGCAGUGUCAUGAUUAGAACACGUGAACAUUCUGUUGUUAAGGGAACAAAUUUUCCGCAACACGAUGAAGACUCACGAAAUGCUUAUAGUAAUGUCAACGAAUACAUUCGAAAAAUUGCGGAUUUCUUGGAAAGUUGCUAUGAGGAAUGGAUUGAUUACAUUGCAGGGAAAAGGAAAGUAUUCUAUCCUUUGAACUUCUACACUGUAGAUCAAAUGGUUCUACUGCAACAGGAAAUUGCAAGGUACAGAAAUGGGAAUCAAGUUACACAAUUCCUCGGUCCUCUUCUUUCAGUGGUUAAAUCCCACUGUUCGCUUAAUCCUGAUUUGGAUGAUGCAAUUAACAAAGUACAAGAGAAUUUACUAGCUCGAGAGCAAACCUCGGAAAUGGAAAAUGAAAGUGAAAAAAAUACCCAUACAGAUGCUAUUAGAGAGUUUUUACAGGUCGCUGAAGGAACAGGAAUUUCUCGUAAGCAUGCAUUGCGAGCAAUUCAGUCACAGGAAUUCGAUAUAGCAGACACAGAUGCAGGGUUGAUAUGGUGUAUGUCAAAUGAUGAAAAAGACGAUGAAGAGGAAUAUAUUCAAGACAAUACUUCAGAAAUAAAUACCACAGCAGCAAAGGAUACCACUUUUGGAGAUAAACUUAAAGAGUUUAUGGAGGAAUUAGAGGAAAACAUGAGACAACAAGAAGUUGCUCAAGUCAUCCUUAAUCUUGACGUGACCUGGAAAAAGUUUCUUAGUUGUGCGUCCUCUAGCGCAACUGACUUUCUCAGCAUAGAACAUCUUGGAAUGAUUCUUGACGUCUUGUACAAAGGGGAAAACUGCAUUCUAAAAAGAACCCUUAUUGACCCAUUGAAAUGUGGAAAACCAAAUCUGAUUGUUUGUCCACAAAGCGAAGUGAUUCCUAUGGUAUUGACUAUAUACAUGAUCGAUCCGAAUAUACCUCUGCCCUCAAGAAAUGACGUUUUGUUGUGUACUGAUCAUACUACAAAAGAAGAGGUUGACAUUUUUUUCCGACGGGCACUUUUCCAAAGUGAAGGUGACCAGAAUGAACGCAUUUUCUGCUUGAUGAAUGCUGACAAGCUGCAGUACGAUGCAAGCGAGCAGUCCUUGAAAGAUGUUACCGAAUACAUCAAAUCUGCAUCUGGAGAUUACAAACUUGUCAUCAUCUGCAGCAGUGAAAACGAAUACAAAUCGCCUAUGAUCUCAGCGCUGGAUAAAUAUCGGGCACCUAAGAUAGCUGUUGCUGGAGUUGAAAAAAUUAAAGAAUACUUGAAGAAAAAAUACACACCAGAAAAUGUCUUUGAUUCUGCUGCUGAUGUUGAUUCAAUUGGGCACUGUGUACGGGUAGUGAGAUCAGAAAAAGCUGGAAUGGGUAAAAGUCUUCACAAAAAGAGAUUGACUGAAAAGCUUCAAACCAAAAACCCAAUUGGAGCUGUGGAAGAUUUUCCUUUAUCAGUUACAAUUCCAUUGAGCCAAAAACAGAUAGAUGUUGUCGAAGUUUCAAGUAGAAUCCUGAAAUGUACACUGCCAAAUGAUGUUUUGUAUCCACGGAUAUUCCAUAUUGAUAUUGCUUAUGGGGUUGAAAGAUAUGUUGGUUCCAUGUUGUUCAACAUGUUAAUCUUGGGCAGUUUAAUUGACGAAAGUGGAUAUAUAUUUCACAGAUCAGAAACUGAUCUGUACAUCGUCGAAACAACUCUACCAAAUGACAAAGAUCAAGAAAGCGAGUUUGAAUCGUCAGUUCAACUGUUGAAUAUUCUUCCAAGUGUAAGAUGCAUCUCGCCGGAAGAGGUUCUAAGAAAUACCAAUGACAGUGGAAAUGAUGUACAUGUAGUUGGAUUUGAUGAAAAGAAUUUUCAGUCCGAUGAAUAUCAAAGACCAUAUCAUUACUUGAUGCACUAUGAGAACAGAGUUGGAGAUAUUCCGGUUUUCAACAGAAACAUUAAAGAGACAGACAAAAAACAAUGUUUGCAGGUGUUGACUCGUCACUGUUGUGUGGAAAAUCCAAGCUGGGCAGAGUUAAGAAACUUUAUUCAUUUUUUGAACACCCAAUUGCAAGAUUUCGAAAAAUCCGUAUAUUGCAGUGCAAUUUUACAACAAGAUCUACCUGGAUUUCCAGUCUUUGUUCUACGGUUUCUCAUUCAAAUGUCUAAGGAUUUUUCAACGAGGUCAUUAGAUAUAAGUGAGGGAAGAGAAUAUACUGACAUAAGGAUUGUCGCCGAAAACGACGACGAAUCCUCUGUUUCUAUGGAAGAUGAAUCGCAUUAUUCUGAAACUGAUGAAGAUAUAAAACAGUUUCAAAUGCGUAGAAAAUGGGAAACAAGUGCCCAUCCUUACCUCUUUUUCAACCCGGAUCAAAACACAAUUACGUUCAUUGGAUUUAACAUCGAUAGAUAUAGCAGAAAUCUGGUUGAUCAACAAACUAGGAUGAUAUUGGAAAGAAACAUCAUGAGCAAACAGCUUUGGGGUGCUUUGCGAGCAAAUAAUGUCCCACUGCAGGAAAACUUCGAUGAUUUGAGCAGAGAACAAAAAAUAGAAAGACUUUGUAGGGUUGUUGGAAACGAUUUUCCACAAGAUCCAGAUGAAACAUAUGAACUCACGACAGACAAUGUAAAGAAGAUGAUGGCUAUAUAUAUGAGAUUUAGAUGUAACAUACCAGUGAUUGUCAUGGGUGAAACCGGAUGUGGAAAGACUUGUUUGAUAAAAUUCCUCUGCUCCUUGCAAUGUCCGGCCGGUGUACCUAUGAAUACAAUGACUUUAAUGAAGGUGCAUGGUGGAACGACAAAGAAACACAUUAUAGAAAAGGUCAAGCAAGCUGAGUCUCUUGCCGAAUCCAAUUGCCGAGAACAUGGAAAGCAUAUCAUCACUGUUCUCUUCUUUGAUGAGGCAAACACGACAGAGGCAGUUGGCUGCAUUAAAGAAAUCAUGUGUGACGGAACUAUUGAUGGACAACCAUUAGCUUUAAACACGAACUUGAAACUCGUGGCCGCUUGCAACCCAUACCGAAAACAUUCAGACGAAAUGAUUGACAGACUUGAAAGAGCAGGUCUUGGCUAUCAUGUAAAUUCUGAUGAAACGGAUGACAAGCUUGGAAGAAUACCUAUGCGUCACCUGGUGUAUCGUGUGCAACCCCUUCCUCAGAGCAUGUUGCCCUUGGUUUGGGAUUUUGGACAGCUUGACAACAAUGUUGAAAAGCUGUACAUUAUACAAAUGGUUCAAAGAUGUGUAAGAAAUGGUACAUUGCCUCCCGUCAACAGAAGAAUUAUAUCUAUCCUGAGCGAUAUUCUUGCUGCAUCACAGGAAUUUAUGAGAAACCAGAAGGAUGAGUGCAGUUUUGUGAGUCUAAGAGACGUUGAAAGAACACUCAAAGUGUUUGGCUGGAUGUACAAUCAAACGGAGAUUUUUGACGCCAUGGAUGACGUGGAACUCGAAGAACAGGACGAUGAGGAAGAUAUGAUUCAGCCAGCGGCUAGUCGCUCUCAAGAUGCAAAAAUGACAAAAGCGUUGUUACUGGCUCUAGGAGUUUGUUAUCAUUCAUCAUUAAAAUCCAGAGAGGAGUAUAGAGAAUACAUCACAGAUUACUUUGCUUCGCCAUUAGAACUUUCAAGAGGAGCAGAAGAAAUGAAAAGGGAGAUAACAAGGUGCCAGAUGGCCUUUUUACAGAAUUUAAAAUUAAAUGACAACAUUGCAAAAAAUCUUGCUUUGAGAGAGAAUUUCUUCAUGAUGGUUGUGUGUGUCGAACUUCGAAUCCCAUUAUUCCUUGUUGGAAAACCCGGCAGUUCGAAAUCCCUGUCCAAAACAAUUCUUGACCACAACAUGCAAGGUCGUGAUUCAGAUUCGUCUCUUUUUAAAAGCCUUAAGCAGGUGCAGCUUAUUUCCUUUCAAUGUAGCCCACUUGCAACUGCCGAUGGUAUUUUAAAAACAUUUAAUCAGGCUAGCUCUUUCCAGAAGAGCAAAGAUUUGGAAAAGUUUGUAUCUGUUGUUGUUCUAGAUGAAGUAGGACUAGCAGAGGAUUCACCAAGAAUGCCAUUGAAGGCUUUACAUCCACUGUUAGAGGAUGGUUGUCCUGAUGAUGAAGAAUACGAGGAUUAUAAAAAGGUUUCUUUCAUUGGAAUAUCAAAUUGGGCUCUUGAUCCAGCAAAAAUGAAUCGUGGAAUUUUGGUUCAAAGAGAAGUGCCUGAUGAGCUGGACCUAAUUGAAAGUGCUAGAGGAAUAUGUGAACACGACGAUGUUUAUCUGUUGAUUGAAGAUCUAAUUCCGAGAUUGGCACAGGCUUAUCUCCAUGUCUUUAACAAGGCUUGCAAUAGCGACACUCUGUUUAGAAACAUUGAUGAUGUUCCUUCAGAAAAUCUUCUGAAAGCAAGAGAAUUUUUUGGAUUAAGAGACUUUUACAGUCUAGUAAAAAUGAUCUGUGCUGUUGCUGUGGAAAAUCGUCGAAGUCCUACUCCGCACGAAGUAAUCAUUGCAAUUAAAAGGAACUUUGGUGGGCUAGAAGGUCUUGAUCCUGUUCAAGAGUUUGGAGAGUUUUUACCGUUCAUUCUGCAAGAACGGCCAGAGAACCGCGGUGUUAAAACGGAUACAGCACUACUACGAGAAUGCCUGCAAUAUGAAGAAAACAAAAAAGAGUCGAGGUACAUUCUACUGCUGACUGAGAACUAUGGGGCAUUAAAUCUUCUUCAUCAACUGAUGGGAAAUGAAGAGAACACUCACGUUAUAUUCGGCUCAAGUUUUCCAAGAGACCAAGAAUACAUCGAAAUUUGCAGAAAUAUAAACCGAAUAAAGGUUUUCAUGGAAACAGGAAAGACGGUUGUCUUAUUGAAUUUAGAGAACCUAUAUGAAAGUCUAUAUGAUGCUCUUAAUCAAUAUUAUAUGGAAAGUGGCCCCGAUAGAUACAUAGAUCUUGGUCUUGGGACCCACAGAGUGAAGUGCAAGGUGGACAAAAAGUUCAGGCUAGUGGUUGUAGCAGAAAAAAGAGUUGUCUAUAGAGAAUUUCCAAUUCCACUUAUCAAUCGAAUGGAAAAGCAUUUCUUGACUGUAGAAGGAAUGCUCACAGACGUCCAACUAAAACUGUCUCACAAAUUGGAGCAGUGGGCCAGAGAAUUUUCCAGUGUGGCUGACAGCGAGACUAUUAGAAUAGAGGAGGUUUUCAUUGGCUACAAUAAAGACACAGCAGCAGGAGUAGUACUCAAAGCUUGGGAAAUAUGCUCCAAAAACAGCAUGGAGGAGAAUGACUCUUUACAGCAUAGAGUCCUAGAGGCAGCAAAACAUAUUCUCCUGUGGGGAUGUACUCCAGACGCUGUGCUCAGAUUAAACAAGACAGAACAGGAAAUAUUUGCAAAACAAUAUAUACAAGUAUAUUUCAAGGACCAAUGCCAUGAGAGCUUAUGUGAUUUUCUUCAGUUUAGAAAGAAACAUGAUGGAUUUGGAGGAAAUUUUAUUCAGAUCACAACACACUCAAAGCUUAUGUCAGAGACUGACAAACAAGUAAUAGAAAGAAAAUUACCAUUUUUAUCGGGAAAGGUUUCUCUUCUUUCAUUACAAGCAUUCGACACAGAGCAGCAAUUUUCUAACCAGAUCAGAGAAAUCUCGCAAAAAGGAAAAGAACUGUUGCUCAUUCAGUGUGACACUGGAGACGAAAAUUCUAGUUUGGUUGAAUGUGCCAGAUAUUGUGUGCAACGAGAGCUGCAAACUAACGAACUAGAUCUCUACGUAAUCUUUUUAGUGCAUUUAUCAAGAGUCAGUAAAUCCUUUUUCUCCGGAUUUCAGACAGGACGUUGGACUUCUGUUCACAUUGAUGAGCUGAGGUUGACUUCACUCCCUUGCAUCCAAGACCUUAUGACAAAGUCAAUAUCCGCAAUCCUACAGGAGAGUCUUUGCUCUGAAGAAAAUUUUUCAGAGGAAGCUGAAUAUGAAUCGGCCAUGGUCGCAAAUUUACAGGAACGCCAUGUGAAUUUAAGAACAGUUCUCUUUAACUGUAUACAUCCUGCUUUGGCGAGUAUAACCGAAGUUGACGAUAAUCAAGAGAGGUCCAUAAAACGAAUAAAAUUUAUCUUCAAGGAACUCAAUAAAAGUAACCAAUUGACAGAAGGACGAUUUGGAUACUGUCUUAUAAAACACAUUGUGACAAUACUAUCAAAGCACAGUGCCGACUCAAUUUUGUACAACGAAUCGUGGAUACAAAGUGAAGCAGCUAUGUCUACCAGCGUGAAUAAAACCGGUACUUUAAGGGCAAGCUGUCAAAGAAUCAUUGAGGACAGAGUGACACCUCUCCUUGCAAAAAUUGUUGCCUUUGUGGAUACAAAUAACAAUCUGUCGAUUCUGGAAAGUUCUGAUCGUGAAGUACAGUGGCUAACAGAUCUUUGGCUUGGAAUAUUCAGCUCAAUUGACGUUGAAAUUCUGAUAAAAAUCAAAGUUCCGCAGGUUAUGAAUACCGGUGCAAAUCAUUUGGCGUCAGCGACUUUUCCUUUUUCAUGGCUUAUAUAUGAGGCUGUUGAACAAUUUCUUCUGGUUACAUCAGAAAACGCAAUAGAAAAGAGUGCAGAGGAAUUGUUCCAGGAAACAGAGAUAGGACAUUUUGUUUUGGAACAUUUAGCCAUAGAAAAUCUGAAGGAGGCCACAAGAUUGUACAUGUCGGAUUUUGUGAAAAUGUCACACAAGGCAUCCUGUUCUAGGGAGGAAAUGAUAGUUUGUGAGUUUCUCCAUGUCUGUUUUGAGGAUUAUAUGGCUGGCAAAGAAGACAAUUUUACUAGCAGAGUAUUUUGCAUACACAAAACAUUUAGAAAUAUCAAACCAAAACUAGAGAUCUUCUCAGAAGUUAUGUGUUUUGUGCCUCAAGGAGAUGGAUCUUUUUACCAAAAACUGGAGAGCGACAUCAAGGAACUGGACAUCACAGCCGUGAAAUAUUUACUGGAAGUCAUGGAACCUAAUGAAACAUCUAUAGACACACCAGAUGGACAGCACCAGUGGAUUGAAAAUGUGCAAAAAUACAGACCAGUAAUAGAGCGUCUCUUACACGCGGAUUACGAUAAAACAUCUGCCAGAGGAAGAUUAAUGCUUGCUAUCAGAUCAAGGUGGACCAAAAUUGUGGUUUUGAAGUUAUUUAUACAAAACCUUUGCAUUAACACAACUAGGGAAAAGCUGAUGGCUCAGACAUGCAAAAUAUUGUGGAAGAUAAUGGGAGACAACAGCAACUUCAAGGAAAAACCUUCUUUAGAGAAAUUGGAGAAAUUUUUAAAAGCAUCAAAUCUUAAAGCCAUGACAGAGUUUUUAGGAAAAUUUGGCAAAUGUGUUAGCUGUGACAAACACUUCGAUUCUUCCCCUCCUGUCUUAUUGCCAUGUGGACAUAUAAUCUGCAGAGAAGAGUGUUUCAGUAUCAUAGUUCAAACGACAGAUGCUGAGAAGUUGUGUCCAGUUAACAGAUGCUCACAAAGCAUUCCAGAAAACUUUGAUGAAAAUGAAACACCAGAAAAACAAAAAGAACAAAUGAAACUUUUCAAUGAUUAUCAAGAGAGAUGUAAUAAAUUUUACAUGCAAGUUGUAUCACAAUUGUGCUUUGAAAACUCAACUCCACCAUCAGACGAAGUAAUGCGGCAUCUUCUUCAGCUUGUUAUACACAAGAAAACAAUACCACAACUCAAUAUGACGAUUAUACGAACAAGGCAGAUGACUAUAUUUGAAACAGUGGUCGAUACCACUCCAGUGUUCAGAUCAUUUUUGUUACAACUGCUGAUCAGGACAAGCGAGAAAGCUGUUUUUCAACAUCUUGAGGAAUUCUUGAGAGAAACUGAUACCGUGUUACAAGUUCAGAACAAAAAUCAUGAAAUAGAGUUGUGCCUUUUGUUAAUGCAGUGCUUUGAGGAUUCUCUCGUGGAACAGGCAGCUAAUUUGAAUCAAGAUCGUGAAAAAGAAGCUACGUUUGUGAGGGAAUUACUUUCCACUGUAAUAGAAAACUUGGAAAACUGUACUGCUGUCAUUGAAAAACUUCGAAAUGUUGCAACUGCGAGAUAUUGCUUACAGACCACUGCGAAGUAUCUGAAAGAGUGCUACUCAGUAAAACCUGAAUCAAAUGGCUCUGUUUAUGAAGAAAUUUUUCAAUUGACAACUGUGCUCUGUGAUCUCUCUAUAAAUCACAUAAGAAUCUAUCUUCUAACCCAUAUUUGUCGAUCAUAUGGAUUAGAUUUGUAUCAGCUACUCUUGAAAUCGAACGUUCAAUGGUUGUUUCCUACAGAAGGAAGAGUAAAUGAAAGAAUGCAAGAAUGCCCAGACUACUGUGUUGUCCUUGGAAACACAUACACGGAAAUACGAGAUGAUGUUGCAAAAUUGUUGUUGGUAAAGAACAACCGACUUAGUUUAAAGAUUACAGAGAGGUCAGCAUCUGUGCAGAUAUUUUAUCUCCUAGCGCUCAUAAAAGAAAUAAAAGUCAGGGAACUGUUUUGCGACGUCGAACCACUACCUAGACAGUUUGUUGAGGCUCUCAAAAAGGAGUUUGCAAGAAAAAACUUGCAAACAGUACAAAAAUAUCUGGAAAAUGUUCUUGGAGACUCGUUCGCACAUUUAUGCAAACAACUGCAGAUUCAAUAUCACCGUGAUAUCAGGGGACAGGGAUUAGUCAUUUUACUUCUUCACUUUUUGUUGGUUCUGAAAACUUUGCCUUCAAAUGAACUGUUACAACCCUUAGUUCUUCUAGCGACCAAUCCUAUUUCAUUGAAGGACUCAUUUUUACCAACGAUGCCAGAAGAGGUUUUGUCGGGAGAAAUUAAAACUGAACUCCAGAGAAUGGAAGAAAUUGCUAAUAAGAACCAUCAUACAGUCACUUGGUACCGAUGUCCAAAUGGUCACCCUUAUGCUGUUGGGGAUUGUGGAAAUCCAACUCAAGUCGGACGAUGUUACCACUGUAAAGCACAAAUUGGAGGCGAAUCAAGAAUAAGGGACGACAAUGCAAAAGACACAGGAGCUGAUUUUAGCCAACCAGGGCACAUCUUGGGAUCAGCAGAAGGACGAAGCACACAAGCAAUAUCCGAGAGAACAUUAUCGCCUUCUUCUAACAUUCUUCUUCGUCUACUCACGCAUAUGGCAAUGCUUAUUGGGGCAAAUGAACAUUCAGAUGAUGUGUAUCAACUUAUUCAACCCGCUAUUCCAACGUUUACGGUAUCUGAUUUCUUGUGGGCACAUUUAGGCAAAGAUAUAGACACUCUGCAAGUUUCUUUAGAUAGGAGUCUGGAUGAUAUAUUCAUGUUCCUGCAUUCAAUGAUACACUCGUUUAUGGAAGGGGAUACGAGCUAUGCUGGAAUCACGCGAAGGGUAACUGUACUGAAUCAAUAUGAUUGGUUUUCAAAAGAGGGAAGAUCAGCAUGGGAAACUGCCAUUGAUAGGAAAUUUCUCUCUCGUUUACUGCAGGAACGUCAAGAACUUUUUGAGAAGUGUGACGAAAUUUUGUCCAAUGACCGGAGCAUGGGAUCUGAUCCCAUAUUGCGAGCAGUGUUCAAGAGAGUCGUGGACUCUGGCAGUGGUUUUUCCACCUCUAACCUAGAGUCAUCACCCCAUGUUUGGCAACACAGAACAAAAGUCACAUUCGAGCACUUUGUACAGGAGUUCUAUGUAAUGAAAAACAAGAAGUUCCGGAAUCCAUACUUCGUCUUAGAGAAAUUCUUACAGCAGGAAUGUCACCUUCGUCAUUUAAGGCAUAUUCCAAAUAUUCUUCAAAUGCUAAGAAUUCUAAUAACAAAGUAUGGAAAACAAAUAACGCGAGACGAAGCAGAAACAAUGACACUACAGGAUUGUGUAAACCAGUUUAGAAACGAUCCAGCACAAAAAAUCGUUGCUGCAGGUUUUACCUCAUUCUGCGAACUUUGGAAUGCCCUCAGAUACAUGUUGAUAUCAAUUUUUGACGCAAACGAUGAAAUGAAAAGAUUCCUUGGAAGAGAUAUCAGUAUAGAAUCUACAAAUAUUCGAGCUGUACUGCCGGACAUCCGGGGAGUUGGAGCUUGUUCCCGGAUACUUUUGGAAUUUUUGAUUGGGAAACAGAAUGAAUUUGUCACAGCCUGCGGUCAAAGCAUUGAUCCAAGAUUUUCCAUUGAGAAAACAGUUACAAUGAAAAACGUAACAGCCAUGCAAUUAAUAAGUUUCAACAGAGAAGCCGAUAUUUUCCCAGUUAUUAUCGCCAACUGUAAUUACACGUAUAUGCAAGAAGAGAAUACAAAGUUAGAGUAUGAUUUUGAAAACAUACAAGCUGUUCUUCAAGAUCGAUUUUUGUUUGGAAAACCUCUUAUCGACACCAGCAAAGAAUUUCCACUGAUGUCAUACAAAGCGGACACGUCUGUCUCCAUGAAAUUUAACACUCUUGUAACCAAAAUCCUACAGGAAGCGUUGAAUAAGGCAGUUCAGAGUCAGAUAGCUGAAGAGUUUGCAGAUCUACCAGAGUUGUAUGUGACAAUUGGAAACAUUGAUGUAGUGGUGAACUUUUUACUAUCCGUCCAUGCCUCUGGAGAGGUUCUGUUAAACUCUUUUAUGGUGGAAACAUUACAGAUGAAAACACUCCCAAGCUCCAAGGCAUCCCAAUGCUGCAAACUGUCCCACGUGCAGUCACUAUGGUUCUUGUUGUUUCAUGAAAAAACAAAGCGACUUCAUUACAGUGAAAAGGAAGCAUUUGACAGCAUGAACAGUUCCAUACAGGAGUCCCUGCCGGAAAACAGUGUCCUUGAACUUGACAGUUAUCUCAACGAACUUUCUAUGGAGAAAUUAGAGAUACUUUUAGAACAACUGAUGGAGUGUAUCAUAUUCAGCCUGAAUUGUGGCGAAGGAGACAUCGUUUCCUUCCAAUACAGUUUGAGCGAAUCACUUAUGGUCCAUUUGGAAAAUCCAGUAUACCGUGAGGUUGAUUUGAAAACGUUUGGACGAGAAGACGUCGAGAAAAUACCAGACAGCAUCUUGACACUUCACGCAGUGGAAGUUUGGAAAAAAAUCCACAGAACUGUCCGUAGUCGCAAAUAAACAAAUCAUAGAUGUGAAGAUAGUUUAUGAAGUGUAAUUUUAUUCAUCUAUGCAAACUUUAUGAAAACAAAAUCACAAAAAAAAAAUAUUAAACAUUUUGUGUCUUAAACUAUGAUAACGUAUUUAACAUUUUAAGUGGUAAUCACAGUGAGACAAUAUACCUUUAUUUUAUGCUACUGUUUGUCAUUUUGUUUGAUUUUCUUGGGCAUACUUGAUGUAAUAAUUAAUACAACUUGUCAGAUAAAUAUUUAAAUGUUUAACGAGAUGUAAUUUAGUUACUUUUAAAGGCCUUUGUUAAGUAUUGUUACCAGAUAAAGGUGUAAUAUUCAAAAGAAGAAAAAGUUUGAAAAUACUUUCAAAAAAAUAUUUAACUAUGAUUUUGUUGUAGUAUUGCAAACCUGGUGUACGAAUGUUUGUACCAUCGCUAAGUCAAGCAAUUUAGUCAUGGCUAUUUUUAUAUCUCUGCUACAUGUACUUGUGGUUUUCUUUACAUGAUUCUACAGAGCUGAAUUCUUCAAGCGUUUUUAUUAAUAUGCAAUGAUGUUUAUAUGAAUUUUUUUUAGUUUUAAAAGUUUGUAAUUUUGAUGAAACAUGUUUUGCUUAUCUAUUCGAUAAAUCAAACGAUAUGAAUUGACAUAUGAAUAGUAAACUCGAACAUAUUUGCAUUCAAUUUAGCGAAAUGAUUACAGAAACAUAAGGACGUGUAUUACACACUUUUAAAAUAUACUUUGGUCAUUAUUUUGAUGAUACGUAAUUUGCACUGCUUCUUUUGUUUCACAUUAUAAUAAGCUUUUAUUUUUAUGCAGUUCUGUAUUAAGCAAAAAUGAAAAGUGGAGAACGUUAUUGAAUUAAAUUAUGUGUAUGACUGUAAGAAACGCUGAGUAACUGCACAUGAUUUUCUAUUUCUAAACUAUUAAUAAAGCUACACUCUAUGCA